UCAGAGGGCGCCAUAUAAGCCGGCCGCGCGGGAGCGCGCCACCCGCCCUAGUCCGCCGCCGCGGCGGAGGAGGCGCCCGCGAUGCCCGCGGGGGGCCGGAGACCCCGGGAGCGCGGCACCGUCACGAACUGGGUGCGGGCGGACUACGGCUUCGUGAAGCGCGAGGGCCGAAGCAACGACGACAUCCAGCUGCACAUCAACAACGCGAAGGGCGAGAAGUUCAAGAAAUACCUCCGAACCCACGGCCUCGCGCCGGGCGUCCGCGUGAAGUUCGUGGUCGACUUCGAGGAGAACCGCGGCAGGCCCUACGCGGCCGAGUGGGAGAUGUGCGAGCCCCCGAGCUUCAGCGACGACAGCGCGAGCCGCAGCCCGGGGCGCGGCGGCGGCAGGCGUCGGUCGCCCAGCUACAAGGACAAGAAGAGGUCGCCCAGCCGCAAGAGGCGCUCGCCGAGCCGGAGGCGCUCGCCGAGCCGCCGCCGGGCCUCCCCGUCGCCAGCGAAGAAGCGCCGCGGCUCGCCGAGCCCUCAGAGGCCGAAGCGGUCGGACAGCGAUGCCAGCCGCGGCCGCGGGCGCAAGAGGAGCGCGGCGUCGCCGCCGGUCUGGCAUCACCCCUGUCUCCGAUCACACUCGUGCCACGCCGGUCAGGUCUGGUAGCAGCUCGUGAUUGCGCAUUUCACCGCGGAGCUUUGGGCACCCCGCGACACCGUGAGCGAGGCGGGGCGGCUGGCUGACCGGCGGGCGAGGGGGGCGCGCCCCGUCUGCGGGCCUCGAGGCGCGCGGCGGCGCCCGGCGCUGCGAGCAGAAGGACUAGACUCUAGACGGGGGUGGGGCCGAGUGGGUUUUUUUUUGUGAUUUGUCUACGACGGGACCUGAGGCCGUAGCUCGCACGAUGGGCCGUUCUGGAGCGCGGCACGGAGCGCUGAGCAUCUUGUGCCAAGCAGCUCGGACCGAGCCCGAUGGUAGAAAUUGCCGCUGGCUGGGUGGAGCUCUCUUUGCGUUAUUGUCAAAUUGUCGUUGUCUUCUGGCGCUGGGAAACGUGGGCGCUCGACUGAUAUUGAGCCCUUGUCUCGCGAACGGCCGUGGCUGUUGGCAACUGCGUCUGUGGCCCACCAGAGGCUUCUUCGGGAUCGUAGCUCUUUGCUCUUAUACACAGCUCUGUUGCGCUAGGCGAGGUGAACAA